CGUGAUUCCCACUCGCUUCCUAAAUAGCAAGCAGGCUGCUGCUCAGACAGAAAAGACGGGGUUUUUGUCGUUGGGUUUUUUCGAGGCGCCACGAGCUUGAAAUCUGUGCCGACUGAGCAGGAUGUGGGCAGCGCCAGAGUUGGACACAGAGGGGGGUUCAUCAUCCGAAGAUGAGGGAGACAUUCAGUUUGAGAUCCUGGAAAUUCAGAGGGAUGAAGCCAAUCAGCGUCUCUCUGAACUAGAGGAAGUCUCCAAUCAGCUCUUGAAAGAGAUAAAUGUUCUGGAGGUGCAGUUCCAGAUUGAGCGCUCCUGCAGGGAGAGUGCCGAGGCGUUCGCUGUCAGAGUGACCAAGGAGAACAGAGUGCUGAAGCGGACGAGCCAGAUGAUGACGACGACGACGAUGCCGCUCAUCCCCGAGCUGCCCGAAAACUUGGCCGCCGCGACCCUCGACCCGGGGGCCGACCCCGCGGCGGACGGAGAUGAGGUCGAUGGUUUUGGCGGAGAGAGGCUGCUGCUGGACAAUCAGGCUCAGAUAGCAGAGCUGCAGGCAUCAGUGGACGCUCUGUUAGCUGACAAGCUGCUGCUUGAGCAAAAAGUGGAGGAUCUGACCAAAGAGCGGGUCCAACUGAGAGAGCAGCUCGUCCAGGAGGUCGAGGAGAAAGAGGCCAUACUGAGGAAAAUGAGCCAUCAGAACAAGACCAUGAAUAAAAUCAAACGUGUCUCCCAGCUUGUCACAGAAGAGUUCUCUGAAAUGUCUCAGAAGCUGGAGCUGGAGCAGGGCCUCCGGCAGCACGCCGAAGUCUUCGCCCACCAGAUGUUGGCGCAGCAGAAGGCAGAGACGCCGGCGGGGGGGUCCGCCGACCCCCCCGGCCCGCCGCUGCAGCAGCUGCAGCAGGCGCUGGAGCAGAUCUCCGGCGUCAGCGCGGCCCUGUGUGACAUACGCCGCCACUACCAGGACCCGGUGAGUCCGGGGAGUCUGGGCGCCGCCGCCGAGGCCGCCGCCCUCUCUGACCUGAGGGCGCGGCUGCAGCGCAGCGAGGAGGAGAAGGCGGCCCUGGAGGCGCAGCUGUCUGGAGCUAACGGCUGUGUGGCGCAGCUCCAGGAGGAAGUGAAACGCCUGCAAGAAUCAUUGAGCAGGGAGGAAGAACCCGAGGGGAACGCCACAGCUCCUCCUCCUCCUCCUCCUCCUCCUCCUCCUCCUCCUCUUCCUCCUCCCCCCACGGCCGUCACCAAUCCCCUUGAUUGCCUGAGGAGCAGGAGGAAAGAGAGAGCCACAAAAUCAGAUCCAAACAAAGCAACGCCGUUGUUGGACAUGAAGGCGAAGGCGGUGGAUGAGAUGAUGGAGAGAAUAAAGAAGGGCAUCGUCCUGAGGCCCAUGAAGAUUGCGCAGGACGACGACGGCUCGUGGAAGGACAAGAGAAAUGAAAACAGAAAAUCUGCCAUCCUGGAGUUGAAAGGAGUGCUGGACUCCGUGAAACGCCAGCAGGUCCGCAGGGUGCCGUCCAGGCGAGGACUGGGCCGCAACGUCCGGGAAGCGGAGCUCCUGCAGGUGCUCCAGAGGAGGAGGAGGGCGAUGGGGGAGGACCAGCACCAGACACGGGAACCCACUGCGGGUCCCCAGCGCGUCCCAGCAGCAGGAGCUGCUCCCUGGGCCGGCGAGAGCGGCACUGCGCCGGUGCUCCGGAGGCUGAAACAGAACCGAGAGAAGAGAGACUCUCGCAUCAGGACGUCGGCUCUCAUCAUCAACCAGCAAAAUUGACAGCUAUUGUUCAUUCCUUUUUUCUUCCUUCUUUUUUUUUGGCCUCAAAAGAACCAAUUAUAUCCUUCCAAGGUGUUUUGAAUGAAUAGCUUUUGUUUGAAUUUACAAUGUAAUGUCAGCUGAUAUUGAAAAGUUCAAAUAAAGCCUUGGGUUAUGGUGAAUAUAAUGUUCAAAAUCUAGCUAUUUAUCCUCCUGGGAGUGCCAGACGAAGAGGUUUACAUUGAAGAGAAGCGUU